GCACACUCUAAUUUCAGGCAAACAAAAUUUGUAUAAUGUAGAUUUUUUAAGGCAGAAUGGAGCGACGCACAUGCAGGGCUGAGGAGGACCGAGCAGAGAGGAGAGUGAGGUUCCGCGUGGCAUCCGCGCACAGUGGUCGCGUGCUUCAGGAGGUGUUCAGAGAGCACGCGCUCGAAGACUCCGCGGACACGGACACCACUGUGAGCUCAGAGCCAGAGCCUGAGCCUGAGCCAGAGCGCGUGAGCUCGCCCGUCAUCACGGAGGCAAACAGCCAUCUGAGCGGCCUGGCGGGACCGGGACCAGAACCGGACGACAGCGGCAGCGAACCCGACGAGCUGCUCAUGUACGCUAGUGCAACCAAGAAGAAGCUUUUCACCGGAAAACGCGUGAACAUCUUCAGCAAGAACGGAACUAUUCGGGGUGUGAGAGACAAAGUGAGCGCGGGACAGGUGUUGUUUAACAACCUGUCCAAAAUGUACGGGGACUCGCAUAUUUUGAACCGGCCUAAAAGACCAUGAGAUUGCUUGCAGCAGAGGAUGCUGGGUCACAAAAUAGGGCAUCACCCUGGGUGGAUGUGCAGCAGGCUUAAGCAAGUGAAAGUGAUGAACAGCGGCCAACGUUUUUGCUUUUAUGUGAUUUUCAAUAUUUGUGUAUAUUGUAGUUCUGUAAAUAUAUUUUAUAUUAACUUUUUGCAAAAGCAUUUUUGAAUAAAGGAACCAAAGGGAUAUGUAAAGUCAACUGGUUGCUUGGAAUGUUCUUGUUGCCUAUAUGUUUGGGGUGCAUUUUCUUUAUUUUUACCUUUUGUUGUUUGUGAUUGAAAUUAUUGUGAUUUUUUUUUAGAAAAUAAGAUUUUUUAUACAUAUCUCUGUUAUGUUUUAAUGCAAUAAAAACAAAAAAGUCACAUCAAACUUUUUUAUUUUUGUUAAUACUUGAAUGUUAAUUUUUGAAUAAUUAUGCAU